GGGGAAGCCCUGCCUAACAGGAGUCGUCCUGUUGCUUCCUCAUUCAUCGCGCUGCCCUGCUCCUCAGUGGCGGCGGCUCUGGACGUUCUCACGCCGCCGAGUGACACGCUUAGCCCGGGCCUGUGGUCCGUGUUUGCUCGGCUUGCACUUCUACGACUGUCGGCACUGUGGUAGGGUGCACACCGGGGGUUUGGGUGGAGUCUUUGCCCGCUCUGAGGAAUGUGACGCACGGACGGAGAGAAGACGGACGUCGGCGGGUUGCAUUGAGGGGGAGCGAUACUCCUCGGUACGAAGAUAAGAAAAGAAACGAGUUGAACUGCAAAGUUAGGAGGUAGGGAGCAGAAAUAUAAACUAAUUUUGCAAGUGCAGACAGUGGACUGACGAACUUUUUGUCCCACAGUGUAUCUUAUUAUCUACUCUCCUCUAUCUUGUUUUUAUUUUUUAUCUAAGUGCAUCUUAUGGAAGCCAUAUAAUCUAUCUCUUGUUCUUUUUAAAAAAUUAUUUUAAUAUUUAAAUUUAAUCUUUUUAGUUUAUAUGCUCUUAAGUAAGUCUUUUUCCAUUGUUAUUUCCCUACUACUAUAAGUGGGAUAAAAAGUGAAAUGCAAGUAACUUUCCCUAUCCCCUGCCAGGACUUUAUGAAGGAUUAAGUCAUCCAGGUAACUGCUGUGCAUUGCAAAACCUGAACAGUUCUGUUAUUACAGCUUGAGCACACAGAGGGCUCCGUGUUGGCUGGUACUGCUGGUGUUUCUCCAGCCCUUUGGAGACGUGAAGAAAAAAACACAGAGGAAAAAUGGCCUCUGACAGAGUAAAGCCUUGUCUGUAUUCUACGGUUAUUACAAUGACUUUAUAUGAGCUGCUUUUUCAAAAACGAACCCACAGAGCGAUGGAAAUCAUGGGAAAAGACAAAAUGCCAGUGAACUGUAGUGAACUAGGAGCAAUAAAUAAGGCUUGAAAGGCCUGAGGUGCUUUAACAAGCAUGUCUGAUGCCCUGGUUGCACAAUGCUGUGUAUGCACAACAGUCAGGCAUUGUUAUAGGGCUCAAUCACCGCCUUCUAAUAUACAGAUAAGGUGUAAAAUUACAUACAUCCUGGCCUUCAAAUCAUAUGCAUCCUCUUCUUUUGACUUUUUGUCAGUUGGCUCUAAUUUUUUCUCUUUCGUUAAUGCACGCAAAUAAGUUUUCAUUCAGAGCUUUGACACGACAAGCAAUGAAUUGAUUUGAACAUCACCUUUGCAUGCAUUGACUCGCUUCAUUCAGUGACUCACUGGUUAGGAAUAGUCCGCCAUGUGGUUGUAAUUUGAGGGGAAAAAGUUUUUGGUGCCAGCUUUUUGUGGUGCCUUUUCUUCUCUUGUGCUUCUCAUUAUGGGUUUCAUCUUCACUCACUAGCCAAAUGUCCCUGCCUGCAUCUCAUAGCUUUGUUUCCACUUUAUGUGUUAGGGAUCGUUGGCUGCAUGAAUAGCUGUUGUAAUUUAUGUGUGAUUAGUACUGUGCAACUAGGCAAGGAAAGAGGCAGAGUAGAAAGUUUUUGUAAGCUGUGAUUGUUGUGGUGUCCAUAAAAGAUGGCUGCACACAUUUAGGCAGUUGAAGCAGGUGACAAGGACCUCAGAGGACCUGUUUUUCUAGCAGUGCUGCUGUAUGAAGUACAGCUUUCAAAGGAGAGGGUAGGUGCUGCCAUGUGUACAUCCACACGACCUUGAGCUGUCUGCUUUGUGACGUUCAAGAGUCAAGCUGAGGUGUGAUGAUAUACAGGGAGACAGCAAUCCUCAGUGUUUGCUCUUGUCUGUGUUUUGUGUGUGUUAAUCUGACGAAAAGUGGCACUGAAAGGUCCUGACAGGAGCAGCAGGAGAUUACUGGCUCAUCCCUCCAAACCUGUUUUCAGGUAUUGUAGUAUGGCUCCAUUCACACCAAGUUAUCGUACAAAAUGAAUCCACUGGAGAGGUAUGCCAGAUCAAUCGUGGAGUUUGUUUAGUGAGGUGUGUUCAUUUCUGAUGCAUGUGUGGGAAAACUACAGAGAGAGAGAAUAAUAAAGGGUGAAAACUGAUAAAACUAACUUUUUUGGAGGGUUAGGGAGAGUUUGAGCUUGAUCAUUUCCUCAAGCUUAUUUCUGCUUGUAACAGGUUGAGACACAUCCAAAUUUUGUGCUUCUCUGCUCUUCACACACUCUUUCUGCCUCUUCCCAUACAAGAGUUCAUGAAGGAAUGCAGAGACAGAGCUAUUUACACGCCUGGUGAGCAAACAUUGAGGACAUCUGAAUAUUGGGUUUGUAGGCAUCAGGGAGCAACCAUCACUUGGUCCCCGCCUGCCUUGCAUGUGGUGGUUUAGGGUUUCAAACCGGCUUUGUCAAUGGUACAUUUAGGCCAGUCCAGUCCUUUGGUGAGCAGCAGAAAGCUCUAUAAAUAAGGGAGGAACAGAAAGAAGAAAAGGGAGAUUCUUAUCACCUACAGUUUGAUGCAUACUGCAGUUGCCAUAACAAUAAACACGACAGCAGUAUUUGUUUGUACUUCCUACAAGUCAGCCAGGUGAGGUCGGGAGAGUCGGACAUGCUUCUUACGUUGGGUUAUUUGUCUUUUAUGUCGUUCCAGAGGUCAAGGGGGUGAAUUAGAAACCCCGGGCUUUGUUUGGUACCAUUGAGCUCUUGAGUCACCCGAGAAACUCAUAUCCAUCUCAGGGUUGACUGAUACUAUUUUCCUCUGUUACUUAAAGGUGGGUGUUUUUUUAAUCAGCAAAAAUUUUAGUUAGACUCAAAAAUAACUGGUGAUAAAAGUGACCACUAGCUGCAUCCCUUUUCAUUAUCGUACCUAAAGAAAUUAAAUCAGUUUUGGACACUCUUGGAUGUCUUUUCCGAGGUUUCAACACAACAACAAGCAGCCAGGUGCACACCUCUUUGUCAGUGGCCAUUAUGACAAGUCCUCAAAUAUGCAUCUUAGCAUUUUACUGCCACCUCAGCACAUUUUCACUGAGCAGGCCCCAGGCUGCUAGAAUACCUCCAAAUAAAGUAUGUACCAAGACAAGUCAAAGUCCUUGGAAUCCUACCAUUUUAGUUUUGUUCCUUGGCAAGAGUGAAAUUAUUCCAAGCGGUCCAUACGGCUGCCGUGCCUCCCUGCCCACCAUGGAACUUUUAAAAGGGAACAGUGCACCACAAAUGCCUAACUUAUAUAGCUAGAGAGGAGCAUGGAAACAGGAUGUCAGCCAUUUUGCCACUGGAUGAAUCACCACAGAGCAACGUUAAACAACUUAUCCUCAGGCCAGGCCAGGCCAGGCUACCCGAUGACUCACGAGGCCAUUUUAGUGAGACAGCUUCUCCCAGUGAUUGCGGGUUGGGACUUGGAGCCCUUUGAAAUCCCUACUGAAUUUUGCAUGUGUGUGGAAGUUUACAGAAAACACGUCACAGAGAGAUAGAGCAGGUAUGACCUCAUUUAACACCUCCUCGUGCUACCACACAGACCCCAGGUUAGACACACCCUGAUUGCAUACGAAGACUGCCAAUUAACCACAAUUUCAGCAGCUGUGCAUUACCAUGGUGACACACCAAAACAGUACAAUACACUUCCUGAUCUGACAGCAAGUUGCCAUGCAUCAAAGAGACCCAUGUGUAGUGAGAUUUAUUCAGUGUUCAACCAGCUUUUUUGGGAUAUUUGUUGAGCUGUCAGCCAAAACCCCCUAUCGCAUGUCCAUAAUGCAGCCGCAACAUAAAAUAUACAUGAGGGGUCGUCCUGGUUGGAUCAGUUGAUGAUGUACGACACAUAGCUUUGCUGUGGGUUGAAAUCCAGCUCUGGAUUGUUGAGUGAUGUGCACAUCCUCUCUCAUUUCCCUUCAGUGAAGCCAAACUACAUCUUUUAAGUGAUAGAGGUAUUUACCUUUGCCUACAAAACUAAUCCAUAAAACGGUCAGUACAAUGGGAAUAAUGAUAAUUAUAGCCAAAUGAACGCAGGAAAAGUGGAUUGAACUUUGGCUGUACAUAUUUAUAUUUGAUUAUUGUUUAAUUAAUUGUAGAUUUUUUCAUUUGGGAGGAGUGAAACAAUAUCAAAUUUUAAUUUAGGCAAUAAAAUACACAGUUUUGUGACUGUGUUUUAGUUGUAAAACUAGCAGCGUCUCUCUUUAUUAUGUGAUAUCCGUUGAAUUUUAAGUUUUAGCUUAUUUAUUAAUUUUAUGAAACCAACUUGGACUAAGAAAAUGUGCUCUGUAUUUUCCACUGUUGAUAAUAUUUUAUAUUCCAGACAAGUAUUAAUUAAUUGUGAAAGUAAUCCACAGACAUAUCCACUGUGCCAAUAAUCAAUCGCCUCAUUAUCAUGCUUUGUGUGAUAUUGUUAUAGCAUUCUGCUAGUCAGGUUAAGUUGUUUUAGCCUAUCUUCUACUGAAUUCUUUGUUGUUUGGUGGCUUGACUCUUGGUCAUUUUUGAGAAUUGUGGCAAAUUUCGGCCCUAGAUUUUAAAAGUUCCCUGCCCUCUGAUUCUCCUUAGAACAAUAGUACAUUCACAAAAUUUUAUGUAACAAAUGUUCUUGUCACUGUACCUUCACUUAUGAUUCAUUCCUCAAGUCUUGCGGCUUACUCAUUGUGCUUUGCUGGAUCAGUUUGUGUCAUGACUGACAGAUUCAUCAGGAUGUGGUCUGAGUAACAACUUGAGGUGUGACGCACCACCAGUAUGAAAAUUAUUAAAGUAAUGAGAACCUGUCUAUACAGCUCUUCAUGCCUGUCUAAACCUCUCCCUUCAACCUCCUUUUCUUUUCUCUCUUUAGUUUUGUUGUGCGCAUUCUGCAGUUUUAUCCAUUUUUAAUGUUAUGUAAGGCUUUCUCAGAAACCAGAAUUCAUUUGAUCUUCACAACUAUCAGUCAGGAUAUUUCGUUCGUAAAAAACCCCAACAUCAGCUGAAAUAGGCAAUUAGGCAGGUUAUGCAAUGAACCUAGUCUAAUCAGUUUCCCUCAAAGUCUAACCAUAAAAAGCGACUGUACUUAAACACUGCUGAUAUCAAAGAUGCCCCAGAUAAUCCAUUGUAUUGUGAGCAAGUAGAAAAAGCAUUUUCAAUAACAUUAAUUGCAAUGAUUAAAAUAACCCACAGCACUUGUUUCAAAAUCAUUUCACUUAUAAUGAUAAAUUAUUCAUAUGAGAAGUAGUGUCUUCCCUCAGUGAUUGCAGCCAUUUACCUUGAGAAUGAGUAAAUGUGGUUGUGGAUAAUAUGUUCUGUGGUGAUAGGUCAUAAUUGUCAGGGUCUACAGGAGUAGGAGGUUGUCAGUGAUCAGUCCAUGCUGUGUACAUUGAUUUUAUUUAUUUUCGUUUCACCGCCAUAAGGAAAAUUGAGUUAAAUUAUGAGUGUUGUAUGUUCUUGAAGAAAACAUGUUGUGUACACAUGAAAAUGCUCAUAAUGCAGUGUUUUUUCUAACUGUCAUAGGAACCUGUUCUGUAAAUAUCAUAAAUAACAUUUAAGCAUGGUUUUCCUGUUUGUUACACUGACAUUAUGUUUCUCUGUGACUUCUUUUCACAGGUCAGAGGUGAUCCCCUUCACUUACACACAGCCUUGAGCCAAGACCUUUGACCCCACCCCUCUCUACAAAUAUGCCAAACCGUUCUCAGAGUUCAUCGAUUGGGGAUAACCCUCUCGACCCAAACUACCUGCCCCCACAUUAUCGUGAGGAGUACCGUCUAGCUAUUGAUGCUUUGAUAGAACAGGACAUAAAGGUAAAUUUAGUUUAGUUUAUUGAAAACACACCAAAUAAAUAUCCACAUUGUAUAAUGAUUUCAUUAAUUUGGAAAUGUUUUCUCUCACAACAGGGCUAUUAUGAGUUCCUUCAGAGCGCAGAGGUGGUCGGUUUCCUGGCACAGCCAGAAAUUGAAUUGAUCAGGUCCACAAUCCAGACGCCCAACCUGUCUUCAAGCAUCCCAGAGCUGACAUACCAUGAGGGAGGUCACGAUGUUGAUGGCUCCUCUGAUACCUACUGGCCAAUGCAGUCUGACCUUGCAGCCCCAGGGCUGGACCUGGGCUGGCCAGUGCCACAGCAGAGCUUCAGGGGCCCUACAGAAGUCACUACUUUGGUCAACCCUUCAGACCCAGACAUGCCAAGCAUCAAAGAGCAGGCCAGAAGACUCAUUAAGAGUGCAUGUCAAGUAAGUUAAAGGGAGAAACUUUCAGCAGUAAGGUGACUUAAACUGGCAUAUCCAGUUUGCUUUCAAGGAGCAUUACUCAGAGGCCACAUGCUUUCAGAGGCUAAAAUCAAAUAAUCUACAAUCAUAAAUUAACCUGUGUAUAUUAGUCCAACUCAUUUAACACAGCGACAGAUAUGCUGUUCUUUUCUUGAUCUAAAAAGAGAUAAGUGACACUUUGUGGUGUAAUUUCUGAACACAAGUAACCUAUUUCUGUCUUAUCUGUGUGUACUGUACAGGUUGAAUGCUAUCUGUGAAAAAGGGGGUUAUAAAGGGCUGUGAGUGAGAAGUCUAGGCAUUGAUUAUGUUAUCUCAAUGUUAGUUUAAUCUUACACUCUUUGCCACUGCCAACUUUGUGACCACUCCCUUUCAGAUCAGUAUCUUAUUGCUAGUCUUGAGUUACAAUAAGGAUAUAUUUUCAAUCAAAACUCAGUCAAAUCUAAAGCACAAGGUUACAUGCAAAUAACCAUCAACAGACAUGACAGUUUCUGUUUAUGUGAUACUGUAUACUCAAUUUAAAUGCACACUUUGUUUAUUGGUGUGGUCCUCUUGUGUGAUAUCAAACUUUGCCUAUUUACAAACUCAAAAUUCAUUUUUUAAUGUUUGUCAGUUUGCGUAGCAAAAAGAUACGCUAUAACAUCCCUACAAUUAACGCACUUUUAAUGGAAACCAUUUCUUUCAAAAGUACAAUGCUAAGUAAAAACCAUAUACAGUUCUCUAUAAACGUUAGUUUGCUUAAUAUGAUGUUCUGAUGUACUAAACAAGUGUCACUGAAAAGUCCAGGUGAUAGUAAUCCCUUUUAAAGUUAACCAAAAGAAACACGGUUGGAAUAAAGGAUAUAAGAGUAGACUAAGCCUGGAAUAACUUGAUCAAGCAAUAAACAGCUGUUUUGUGUGUUCUCUCACUUGUCUCCAGGUUAUCGCUGUGGUGAUGGACAUAUUUACAGAUGUCGACAUUUUUGCCGAUCUUCUGGAAGCAACAUCUCGACAUGUUCCUGUUUAUAUUUUGCUGGAUGAACAGGAUGUUCAUCACUUCAGCUCGAUGGUCAUCAACUGCAAAGUCAACUUGGAACUAAAUCCAGUUAGUCUCUUUUUUUCCCUUAUAAAUUAGGUUAAGAGUUGGCCUUCCUGUGGUAUUUUAUUGUGUUAUUUGGUUCCUUCAUAUACUUUUGCCCUUGCCAUAUGUGACAAUGGUGCAUAAUUUAUACGAAGGCUUAAUAUGAUUCACAUUGUUUUACAGUUCAUGCGCGUGAGGACUGUUGCGGGAAUCACCUAUCAUUCACGUACGGGAAAAUCAUUUAAAGGGCAAGUGAAAGAUCGAUUCCUUCUGGCUGACUGCAGGGCAGUACUCAGUGGCAAUUACAGGUGAGUCAUUUAAUUAGGCAGAUUAAAAGUUCAUUUAAAUUUUAAGACUGACAACUAACCGUUCUUUAGUUUUAAGUACUCUAACAGCCUCUAUUGUCCUUUGUUUUUUUCAUAGUUUCAUGUGGUCUUAUGAGAAGAUCCACCGUUGUAUUGCCCACCUCUUCCUCGGGGAGUUGGUUGCCACCUUUGAUGAAGAGUUUCGCAUUCUGUUUGCUCAGUCAGAGCCUCUAGUCAUUGACCCAUCCGAUGGGGCAUUCUCUGACACCAGUAGCACGAGUAGUUACUUCAGCAGCCAAUUUGGUUUGAAGAGGACCCAGUCUUUGCGUAACCCCAUAGGUUACCGCAGGCCACCUGAGAUUACCUCUGGCUUCCCUUAUGGAGACACUGACCGUAAUCUUGCACUUCCUUUCCGGAGGAAUGAUCCGUUUCGUCACACACUUGAACCUGGGGCAGGAAUUACAAUAGGGAAGUAUUCACAGCAACAGUUUCGUCUUCAGCAGUCAUAUCUGGAGCAGGGAAGGUCACUAGUUUCCAGGCAAAUGGAGAUGAGUGCCAGUGGCUUUAAGAGGCACAGCUAUGCAGAGGGGACACAGGAAAACUACGUCUCUUCAAGGCAAUACAUGAAGCACAGAGUCAUGACUAACUUGGAUGAGCCAGACUACCACAGGUAUGUUCAAUUCCGAACUUUGUCUGUAAAUUCAUCAAAUGUAUAUCCGUACCCCUAACUAUGAUCUUAGUCUUUGUAUCCAAUUUAUGUAUGCUUCUGUAACUUUUUUCCAGGGAUCUCACCAAAACCAGCCAUUUCUACAGUGAAGGGCCUGGACCGGGAUCUGGCCAAGGACACUACGACAGGCUAAGGGUUCGUACUCAGCACCUUUCCAUUGACCAGCAUUCAGAAUCAAGUUUUCGCUCAGAUCAGGAGCCUCCACCUGGAAAUCAUGGCAGAGACUACUUUUCAUCUGAGGAUUUGAGAGGACCUGAGGGGCACCAUGCACCUUUAGCUGGGAGAUAUGGAGGAGGGUCCUCCCAUAAGAGACCAACAAUAGGUCAGGCAUAUGCCUGUCAGAGCUCACCCACACAGCUCCAUCCGCCGGAAAAGAAACAUUUUCCUAAACAGUCCGAUCAAGAGCAUGAACACGAUCCAGAAGCAAAGCAUGGCUUGAGGAACUGGAGAAUCCAUUCAUAUCUGAGCUCCUAUGAGGACGGCGCUGAAGAGGGUCUGCCUCAACCUUUGGGGCCUGAUGCAUUUGAAGAUCCUCCUUCAUCUCAGCAACCAACUGACACAGAGAGUUCAGCCCUCUUGCAACCCAAUGCUCCCUCUAAAUCCAGACCAGAAGUCUUGAGACCACGCUUUGGGAAGCCCAUUUUACCUGAGAGCAACAGUAAAGACUCUGUCCCAACAACCACUAAGGAUCUGGAGAAAAAGGAGAGAGAGGCUGCCAAGGAAAGGGAGAGAGAGACAGAUAAGGGUGCAGGAAGUGAAAUGGGUGUUGAUGUGGAGAUGAAAGAGGGUCCGGACCUCUUCCUUUCCAAACAUGAAUCAUUUCGCUCUCGUAUUAACCCUCUUCUCCAACGUAGUUCUCGUUUGCGCUCCUCACUGAUAUUCUCAUCAUCCAAAGCAGAAAUGCACAGUGGUGGCUUGGGUCUAAAACCAGCUUCAGAGACUGAAGAGGAGUUAGAUUCAUUACGCACUUCUUCAGUUGUGGCCCAGAUCCUAGAGAAGAGGAGGUCACUGUCACGCGAUCCUUAUGAGUGGAGAAAGAAGGCUGAUGAAUUAGAUAAGGAGAAGGAGAAAGAAAAAGAAGACCAAGAGAAGGAGAAAGAGGCAGAGAGGGAAAGAGAGAGGGACAAAGAAAGAGAGAAAGAACAAGAGAGAGACAGAGAGAGAGAGAAAGAAAAGGAGAAAGAAAGAGAGCGAGUGAAAGAAAAGGAGAGAGAAAGAGAGAGGGAGAAAGAGAGACAGAGAGAGCUAGAGAGGCAAAGGGAGAAAGAGAAAGAACAACAACAGAAGCAUGAGGUGAAGGAUAUCCGUUUAAAAUAUGAAACAAUAGCUAAAGAGGAACCUCAGAAAACCAACAAAGAGGUGAAGACAAUACCAGCCGUUGAGAAAUCUGGGGUUACAGCAUCAACAUCUCUGAACAUGAAUGACCCAGCCAGUCGACUGCAGUAUUUCCAAGACCUUGCUGCCAAGCGAAAAGCAUCAAAAAUGGAGACAGAGUCCUCACCAAAAGUCCCAGAGCCUGUUGUGAAAAAACCUGACCUUUCUGAUAAACCUCCCGUCAACACUCCAACGGCUCUUAAAGUCCCGACUGUCUCGGUGAGUUCGGCAGAAUCGCAACCAAAGAAACCAGACAUCGCUGCGAAACUGGCAGAGCUCAGUCGCAAACCUUCAGUAGGCUCCUCCAAACCCCCAAUAAUCACUGCAAAGCCCUAUGUGAGCCCCCACCAGAAGGCUUUAGAGACAAGUCAAGCACAAAAAGAGGAGACUGCAACUGCAACUGAGGGUCAAAAGAAAGAUAUAUUCAAGUCACUUAAGCCCCUUCCUUCACCAAAGAUCUUCAGAAGGGACCCACUGAAGCUCAAAGGACUGAAUCCUCGCCGUAUUUCUUGUGGUGAAGAGAUACUGACCACAGAUGCCACGGAUGCAGAGAAGAGUGAACUGAGAAAGAACCGCUCUCAAAGCUCAUCCACCUUACCACGAGAUGAAUCCAAAGAGGGACUGCAAAAAACAAUGGGAUCUAACACAUCCAUCAACACGCUUGGUGAGACAAAAGAGGGUAAGACACUUGACUUCUUAAAGAAGCAGACUCAGAGGCUCAAGGGAUUCCUGGGGCCAAAGGAUAAAGAAAAAAAAUCUUCAGGAGACGAAAAAAGCAUGAGCACAGUUGCAGAACACACGGAUGAUUCAAGCAAAAAGCCAAGUUCAAUAGGAAAAAGUACUGGAUCUUCUACUGCUACUACUACUACAGACCAAACAGCUGCCAAUCACAAGACAACAACAACAACAACAUCAGGCCCAACUCGAUACCAGGCCCAGGGCAACUCUGUCAUUUUCAGUAGCAACUUAAGAGAUGACACCAAAGUAAUUCUUGAGCAAAUAUCAGCCAACAGCCAAAAGAACCGCCUGGAGCGAGAAGAAGCCGGAGGGGGAAAAGAGAGUGAUACAACAGAAAAGGCACUGGAAAGACAAAACUCUUUAAAAAAGAGUAGAUUCCUGCGGCCGCCGGGCAACAUCCAGGAGCGGGAGGGAUUGCUGAAGAGGAUUGAGAGUCUGAGAAAGGAGAAGAAGGUCUACAGCCGCUUUGAGGUAGUCUAUCAUUGCAAGGAUGAUGUUUGCAGCGUGAAUGGGAGGGAUGUCAAAAGCUAAAAAAACAUAAGUUGCAAACAAAAAAGGGGUAGAUAUGUGCAUAAGUAGAAACUGAGUGUUCAGAAAAAAAUCAUAACACAAAAAAACUGCAGGUUAGAAUAUGGAGACAAAACCCUAUUCUUUUAAAAUUGGUCAGAUAUAGUGGUAUACAGAAUAACUGUGUGGCCACCGCGUAUGAAAUUACGUUAUGAGAAUAACAUUUUAAGAUACUAAUAUCUUUGCAACUUUUUAAACUACCUACUCCCCUUGUUUGGGCAUCACUGUGAACAUUAUAAAUUAAAUAUUUUUAAACAUGGCUUUAAACUGACAAUACCAGAAAAUAUAUCACUGUCUUGUCAUAUUGUAGCUUUUCAGUUAGAUUUUCUAUAUUAUUAAAGAGGGUCUAUGUAAAUUCAGAAAUUCUAGUCAUAUGAUUCAAAGCUUGUAUUUCCAGAAAGUAUCAAACUUUUGCAUGGUUUCCACUUUGAGAAUGUGAAAGUACUUUGUUAGACAGGUUUACAUUCAUGACUUUAUAUUGACAAUAAAACUAAAGAACUUUUUUAUGGAUAAUUCUAUUUUUAAAUUUGGAUUUUAAUUUCUGUUGUGAAAUGUGUUGAGUGGGAACUGUAAAAUGGACUUUCCCCCUGAAACCUAUAUAUAUUGACUGUAAAGAUGAGUAAGAGGGUAGAGAAUGUCAAAACAGACCAAAGUUCAUACUCUGUUGCAUUCAUUGUUAUCCCUGUUGUUCUGUUAACAGAUGGGGAACAACCUGGGAUAACAAGAGGUGGAGGAGCAGCCUUUUAAAUGGAAACUAUUUAUGCAAGAUGAUCAAAAAAGACCUACUGCCAACAACUCUAUCAAAGUACCUCUGUGGCUUUACACUGCAGCCUUUCCUGGACUUCCACACAAAGUAAUAAAACUUGAAAAGACAAUAUAUAAGAUUGCUGAAAACAAACUUAGGUCACUGAGUUUGGAAUGUGCAUGUUUGCCAAGCCUUGGUACUAGUUUUACCUUUUAUGGUGACUGAGAAAGAAGAUUGACUCCGCUUGUACACUGGCAGCAUGGGCUAGUGUUUCACCAAACAGAAAAAGGUAGGGCGAUUAACUGAUAGUUGGUCUUGUAUGAACAUGACUUAGGGAGUUAGAGAGGAUAAAAGAAAGACGGUACAUCUUACUCCUGAGGGAAUGUGAAUAUGAGUACACAUGUAAAUUAUCAAUGUUGUGUGUCUUUGCUAGUGUCAGGUUGAACUUGUUUGAAAUUGAAUGGGACCCAGUGUCUCAUGGAUUUUGCAUGUGCCAAUUGCCGACAGGAGCUUUACCAAAGCUGGAAGGACAGUUGUCAACACAGAGGAGGUGGAAGAGAUGCAUGAACAGGAACUGACUUAAGGAACUGAUGGAGGCUGAAAAUUUAAGGAAAAGUAUGUGAGAUUGUAGAAAAUAAGGACUGAGAUAAAUACUGAGGGUAAUAAGAUGUGUCAACAGAAGUAGCAAAAGUAAGUUUCAAUCAAAAGAAGGGCCUUGGGUGAACUUUGCCCUUUAAAGGGAGGGAUAUGUACUUUUCUAUUAAGGCGUGGACCGACUUAUCAGAGUUGAAGAGUCGAAUAACCAGUCAGAGGGAGGCCCUCAAGCAGUCAUGGUUAUAGGGUUUGGAGUGCAAAAUGUGAGUGUCAUAUGCCGUCUUCUGAACGUUGAUGAAAUUGAUAGAAAUAGCUGCCCUGAACAACAGUAAAAACUAGCCAUCACCUCUGAAACACAAGGAAAUAAUGGCUACAUCAUGCAGUACCAACACAUGGACGGUGCCUGUUUACACAAGUCACCCAAAUUAUUCAGCUCCACCCUACACAGGACUCCAAACACUACUUAACCAAAGAUUAAGUUAUAAAAUGCAGCUCCCAUGCUGCUUGACAGCUUGGCCAAGCAUCGAACAACAUGGUGUUUGUUUUGCUUUUGUACAACGCAGUGAGGAAUUGGAGACACUACUGCUCAUACUCCAGGGGUUACUGUUUUCUAUAUUGGAUAAUAUUGUAAAUAUUUUUUGAAAAGUUUUCGGUGAUAUUCUAAUUAACAAAUUAGAUUGUGGUCACCUUAACUGUCCUAUUGAUGUGCAUUGUGUUAAUUUUUAAAUAAUGUGUAAAUAUGUGGUAUCGGUUGUAAUAUAUAAUUGGCAUUGAUUGGGGGAAUGUGUUUUUAAAACCUAAGAUAGUAUUACAUUGUGUUUGAAAAACAGUAAAAGUCUUUUAUUAAAUGUCUUUUAAACUGAA